GGAUCCGCAUUGUUCACUUCAGAUCAGAUCGGAUCAGAGCUGCUGCUGCUGCUCGGUGCUUCUGUGUCUGUGUGCAGGAAAACUGAAAACUAGAACAAUGACCCUGACCCGCUCCAAGAGACUGGCAGUUCAGCCACCUCCGUCCACCAGGAUGAGUUUGAGGAGCUUCCGCAGUGUCCCGCUGGUUCCCAUGGAGACCUCCUCCUCCUCUUCCUCCGAUGACAGCUGCGAUAGCUUCGGCUCAGAUGGAGGCUUUGCAAACACGAGAAGCAGCUUGAGACAGACGAGGAGGACGGCACAGAAACCAGAGUUGGAAACGUCAGAGGAGGAGAUUUGCAGUGCGUUUGAGGAGACUGGCAUCAGCAGGCGCAUGAAAUCCAUGAAAGUGGACUCUGACGCUCCGAGACGAGGCCGCAGGUCCAACGUGCUGAAGGUUGCCAUGACGUUUCCCACCAGGAAGCAGCAGGGAAAGAAGAGGCCUGCAUCCGAACCGCUCCCUCAACCCAAAGUAGAGGACUCCGACUCUGAGGAGGAGAAGGACUUCAUGAACAAGAGAGCCCUGAAUAUAAAGGAGAACAAGGAAAUGCUCGCAAAGCUCAUGGCAGAGCUGAACAAAGUGCCUGGACUGUUCCCGCGACGAACGCCAUCGUCUGCUUCCUCCACGCCCAGACAGGCAGCCCGGCGACCAACCCCGAGAGCUCUCAGGAGAAACCCGGAGCGUCUCUCCCGACCCCACACACGAUCCCGCACUACGGUGGACGGACCUCCCAGCCCGACCUCCGAGGAGGAGACCGACGACAAGUUCAGCCUGGUUCGCAAAAGUCGCUACUUCGAGGAAUAUGAUGAGCCACCCCGUCGCCGUGUCUGCAACGGCAUGAAGGCCAUUCCUCAUGUGGUGCGGCCCGUGGAGGAAGUCACGGAGAUAGAGCUGCAGAGGAUCUGCCACAAUGUGCGAGAGAAAGUUUACAACAGCUCCACUGGCUCCACCUGCCACCAGUGCCGCCAGAAAACCGUCGACACCAAAACUAAUUGCCGUAAUCCAGAGUGCCAGGGGGUGAGGGGCCAGUUCUGCGGCCCCUGUCUUCGUAACCGCUACGGAGAGGAGGUCCGAGACGCUCUGCUGGAUCCGGAGUGGCUGUGCCCGCCGUGCAGGGGGAUCUGUAACUGCAGCUUCUGUCGAGCCCGAGAAGGUCGCUGUGCCACAGGAGUGCUGGUCUACCUGGCGAAAUACCACGGCUACGAUAACGUGCACGCUUAUCUGAAGAGCUUGAGAAAGGAGCUGGAGGAGAGCAGCGAGUGAAGCUCGGAGGAGAAAAACUGCUCCUGGACCAAACUGACACCGUCUGUGACCAUUUUGACAAACACUCAGUUUAACUAUUGUUCGGUUUUACCAUAGUUACACAUUACUUACUGGUUUUGUUGAGAGCUAAAACUUCCAUAUACUGUAAGAAAAGAUGGACGUCAUGACUGAACUAAAAGAUGGUUUCUGUAAUUUCAGUCAUCAUCACUAAGAUGUAUGUACGAAUGUUAAUUUUCGGCCAAGUUUAGUUUUAGUUUCCCUUUUUGAUUGCUCACUCUUAUAAAAAUGAGGUGAAACGUCAUGAUUGACAGAUAAAACUAACUCGUGACUGGUUAAGCUCAUGUAUUAAGAGGAGCUCGCUGUUGUGGCGUUCGUAUCCGGGUUAUCUGAGCCUCAUUUCUGGAUAGAGGCAGGAAGUGAAGUUGUGUCGUCCAACUUUAUUUACAGUCUUGUAUGGUUCAAUUUCUAAGGCUCUCCUUUUUAACUGACAUCUGAAGGAGGCGUUCCCUGUUCUCUCCAUUUCAAAACUUUAUAUAUUUUUAUAUUGUCCUCUGUUGUCAAAAGCUGAUCUCUUACAUUAAAGCUGCUUUCAGACAUGCACUGAACUCCUCCUCUGUAUUUUCACCGGAGGAGGUGCAUGUGUGAACGCAUGAGUGAGAGGCUCGGCAGUUUCGUUGGACUUUUCUCCGCCUCGCCCGAAGCAGGAACAUUUCUUAACCCCAAACUGUUGACUGGGGUCGCACAUGUUUUAAGAUGACUUCAUUGUUCUGUGAUGUACAUAUUCCCUUUUCCCUGAACAUGUUGGGGGGGAAAAAAAUACAAUGCUAUACCUGAAUCGUCCAACUUGCGAAAAAACACGGCCGUCUUGUUCUAGUGAUCUACUGUAUUUGACAUUGUUUUAAAUGUAAAUGUGUUCUCAGCCCUACAAAUGAAUAUGCUUCCAAUGGAUCCAUCUUUGUGCCUUUUUGCUAAUCGGCUUGCGUUUUCUACAAGUCUUUAAUCCUUUUUGUAAAAGUGUAAAUGUACGAGGGGGAAAAAAACGGUUUGGUGGGAACGUCCUGAAGAAAUGACCCAAUGAUCUGCAAGCUACUGAGGUGGUGCAGGUGUAAAGGGCACAGACCGGGGUCCACUGCCUCUUCCUUCCAAAGCAGGAGCAACUGUGUGAUGUACUACAGCGCCUGGUUAAAUAUCCUUCAUUAGAUAACUGUCACUAAUGGUGUGGAAACAAUUAGCACGCACUCUAAUGGGAAUCUCAUACCUGUAAAUCAUUUGAUCCUGUUUAAAGCGCGUCCUCGCUCUGCUUCAGUCUCUUUGGCUCAUUGUCUGCCUUCCACUGUUAAGUAGGAAUGGUUGAUGGUGGCAAUAGAGUUAUGGCCCACGUUCUCUGUUCGUAAGUGCAAUUCUCCACUCGAAAUGACACGGAAUUAACCUCUGGGUCGUCUCGUCUUUCUGAAACAUGCUUCCUUUGUGUGGAACCUGCAGCAGGACAUGCUCUGAUCAGUGGCAGAGGUUCCUUCUUUACUGUAUCAACACGCGGACGUCGUCUCGCUGCUGCUCGUGUUUAUGAGGCGCAGCAUCUCCAACAGGAAGAGUGAUGCUCAGCUAUCGAUGGGAAUAUCUGUCACCGCGACGCUUGCUUUGUGCUUAUUGGGUUAACUGUACAUUUUCAUUAAAGCGUUAAUCACUGCA